AGCUCCUGUCGGGUCAGUCUUCCUUCGGUCACUCCCUCGACAGGCAGAGCAGAGGCAGACUUCUCAGUUCUCAGGUCAUUGCAGUUGCAGAGAAGAGCUGCGGGGGAGCUUCAGCGCCUGCGGAAAUGGCGGAAUCCAAGACCGUACACUCCCCUCUCGUCACCUACUUCUCCAUGCUCUCUCUGCUCUCCCUCUGCCCCCCCUUCGUCAUCCUACUAUGGUAUACAAUGGUGCAUGCCGAUGGAUCCGUUUUGAAAACAUAUGAUUAUUUGAGGCAGCACGGGCUGCAGGGGUUCAUAGAGAUAUGGCCGAGGCCGACUGCUGUAGCUUGGAAGAUCAUUGCUGUCUAUGCUGCAUUCGAAGCCGCGCUGCAGCUCCUUCUGCCAGGGAAGACCGUCAGGGGCCCGAUAUCACCUACUGGACAUCAACCUGUGUACAAGGCGAAUGGCAUGGCAGCUUAUGCGGUGACAUUAAUCACCUACCUUAGCCUUUGGUGGUUUGGGAUAUUCAAUCCCGUGGUUGUGUAUGAUCACUUGGGAGAAAUAUUUUCAGCCCUCAUCUUUGGAAGCUUCGUCUUUUGUAUCUUCUUGUACAUUAAAGGUCUCUUGGCACCAUCUUCCACUGACUCCGGCUCUUCUGGGAAUAUAAUAAUAGACUUCUAUUGGGGCAUGGAGCUGUACCCUCGAAUCGGAAAACACUUUGACAUCAAAGUCUUCACAAACUGCAGAUUUGGGAUGAUGUCUUGGGCUGUUCUUGCUGUCACCUAUUGCAUUAAGCAGUAUGAAGAGAAUGGGAAAGUUUCCGACUCAAUGCUCGUAAAUACCAUACUAAUGCUGGUAUACGUCACCAAAUUCUUUUGGUGGGAAGCUGGGUACUGGAACACGAUGGACAUUGCACAUGAUCGAGCUGGCUUUUACAUAUGUUGGGGAUGCUUGGUCUGGGUACCAUCUAUAUAUACUUCUCCUGGCAUGUACCUUGUCAAUCAUCCUGUAAACCUGGGAACUCAGCUUGCUCUCUCUAUUCUAGCUGCAGGCAUUCUGUGCAUUUUUAUCAACUAUGACUGUGAUAGGCAAAGGCAAGAAUUCCGUCGUACGAAUGGAAAGUGCCUAGUUUGGGGAAAAGCCCCGUCAAAGAUAGUGGCUUCCUACACUACCACCUCGGGAGAGACCAAAACUAGCCUCCUCUUAACGUCAGGAUGGUGGGGUUUAUCACGCCAUUUCCAUUAUGUGCCUGAGAUAUUAGGAGCCUUUUUCUGGACUGUCCCAGCUCUGUUCCACCAUUUUCUGCCGUACUUCUACGUCAUAUUCCUUACCAUCCUAUUGUUUGACCGAGCCAAAAGGGAUGAUGAUCGGUGCCGAUCCAAGUACGGGAAAUACUGGAAACUCUAUUGUGAGAAGGUGCCUUAUCGAAUCAUUCCUGGGAUAUACUGAUGCUCACAAAAGAAGUCCUCUCACAGAUCUUCAGGAUUUGAGCUCGGUCACGUUUACUCAGCUCAGCUUCUAGCUUUUGCUCAUCACCUAUUAAGGGAUUGUACAUCAGUUCCCCGGUUCCAUUCUAGGCCAAAUUACGACUACCGUCGCGCUUUGCAAGAUGCUCUAGCUUCAGAUGAUGUUGUAUCAGUAGACUACCAUUCUCGUAGGGUUGCCCGAACCAUGAGAUUAAGCCUUUGAUGAUGAGAUUAGAACAUCAAGCUCAUUUUGAUCAGGUUGAAUGUUUUAUUUACUAAUUAUGACCUUUGCUCGGAUUUAGUCAUUUUGUUCAGCAACAAUUUUAGAGUUAGGCCAGUAAUGGGUAUUUUAGUAGCUUCCGAGA